AUCGCCCUUCAAAUUGCACCCUCCUCGCCCCUCUUCUCUCUCUCCAAACGCCCCCAAUUUCCAAUCGCCCUCUCUCUCUCUCUAUCCUCGCAUUUCUCUCUCUCAAAACGCGAAUUACACAAAUUUAACGUCGAUGGCGCACAAGACAGAGCAGGAGGAGACAGAGUUCAAGGUCGCACCUGAGAACAUCUCGCUCUGCGUCAAAUGCGGCGUGCCAGGGAAUUCCGCCGCGAAUAAUUUGUGCCAGAAAUGCUUCGCCACGCCGCCGGAGGUCUCCGCCUCCGCCGUUCCCGCGGUUUCCGGCGUGACGAAGCCGAAAAUCCACGUGUUCGGAGAGAAAUCCUUCAGAUCCAGCUCGUCCGUCAGAUCCUCGCCGCCGAGGAUGCCAAAGCUCCUCGAGACGACCGCAGAUCUGAAGGAGGAUCGGGAUUUAUCGGCUCCGGCGAAGAGAGAAGUCAACCGGUGCUCCGGCUGCAGCCGGAGGGUCGGAUUGACCGGAUUCAGGUGCCGGUGCGGCGAGCUAUUCUGCGCCGAUCAUCGGUACUCGGAUCGCCACGACUGCAGCUACGAUUACAAGACCGCCGGUCGGGAGGCGAUCGCGAGGGAGAAUCCGGUGGUCAAAGCCGCGAAGAUAGUCAAAAUUUGAGGCUAAAAACCUCUGAGAAGGAUUGGACGAAGAAUAAAUACGCAAUCAAGGAUCGGGGAUUCUUCGAGUUAUGAGAAAUCGGAAAUGAAAUUAUUGCUGCACUUCUCUUCGAGCUGAGACGACGCCGUCUCGUGGCCCAGGGACGGAACUGUGGAAGAGAGGAUGAGACAACCGCUUCUGUUACUCUUUUUUUGGAUUUUUUUUUUCUCAAUUGUGACGAUAUACAAUAGAGUUUUAAUUAGUGUGACAAUAUUGAUAGUUUUUUAGUACUACUAGUUUAAUGUGUGAUUUUUUCUUGAUUUUUUUGUAUUAUGAGAUGGAUUUUUUACUAUAAUCUGUUCGGUUAUUGAUGAAUUUGAUUAGCGAUUUGAGAGUUUUUCA